UUACCUUGUUAAGUAAUUAAUAAUAUUUUUGGUUUUGAAGUUACUCACAAUUAAAUUAGUUAGGUAGCAUGUCAAAAUUUGAUCCAUAUGAACACCUUAAUGUGGUGUUAAACCAAGAUGGAAGUAUAACUCGUCUUCUUGAUUUUCCUACAACUCAAGCCACUGGUGAUCAACAUCAUCUCCCUGGUCAAGCUGUUGUUAGCAAAGAUAUUACUUUAAAUGAAGAAAAGAAAACAUGGAUGAGACUUUAUCGUCCUAGUAAAUUGCCCUCCAAUGACAAAUCUAUCGCUAAACUUCCUAUUAUAGUUUAUCUUCAUACAGGAGGUUGGAUUCACUUCAGCGUAGCAAGUACAUUAAUACAUGAAAGUUGUAACCAACUAUGUAGCGAAGUCCCCUCCAUUGUUGUGGCAUUAGAUUAUGGUCUAGCACCUGAAAACAAGCUCCCAUCUCAAUACCACGACACGGUAGAGGCAGUUCUUUGGAUCAAGAACCAAGCGUUGGAUCGCGUUAAUGGCGAAAAAUGGCUAAGGGAGUAUGGAGAUUUCUCAAGGUGUUACCUCUAUGGUGUUAGUUGUGGUGGUAACAUUGCUUUUAAUUCCGCACUUAAAUUACUCGAUAAUAAAUUAGAGCCAUUACGUAUUAAUGGGGUCAUAUUGAACCAACCUUUAUUUGGUGGAAAAAUGAGGACAAAAUCAGAAAUGAGAUUAGCUACAGAUCCAUAUUUUCCUUUACCAGUAAUUGAUGUGUUGUGGGAUUUUGCUUUACCAAAAGGGACAGAUAGGGAUCAUAGGUUUUGUAACCCAAUGAUGAAUGAGCCAUACAAGGACAAGAUUAAAAAACUUGGGAGGUGUUUGGUUAUUGGAUUUGGAGGGGACCCUUUGGUUGAUAGGCAACAAGAAUUUGUGCAAAUGUUAGUUAAACAAGGGGUUAUGGUUGAAGCUAGAUUUGAUGAUGUUGGAUUUCAUGGAAUUGAAGUGGUUGACAGUAGAAGAGCUGCUGCUAUUAUUAAUUUUGUCAAGGAGUUUGUUUGAUGAUUCAUGUAUUCUGGCUCCGCGCACUAAGCUUCUGAUAUGUAAUAUGUGACUCGCACUAUUUUAUAUGUAAGAGGUGGUUAUACUUUAAUUAAUUUAGUAAAAUGUUUAAAAUAAUUAGUAAGUGAUAUUACUGGAAGUUAUACGAUUGGUCUUGUUUAUUUUUGUAUUAGUUUCUAGUCUGCACAUGUUCUAUGAAAAUGUUAUAUUGUAUAAUGUUUUUUCUAUUAUUCACUA